AAAUACAGGCACACUGGAGGAAGCAGCAGUACUCACAAGCUCUUGCAGAGCCCAUCUGUUGAGAAGUCUCUUACAUUUACCUGCACAGAUCUCUACAGCCUAUAAAAAUGGAUAACAGGUGUCAUUGUACAACCAACACCGACACGCUUUCGAAUCCUAUCCUCUACAACAUCCUGAGCCAAAUGGAUAGCAGCAACACAAGCCAAAACGGCUUCAACUACAAUUCAAUGGCUCAUAGAUGCAACUGUGAGCUGCGACGGACAGUGUGCUUGAGAAGGCCAUCGGAGAUCUGCAAAGAAGCGUCAGCGGUUCUGGUCAAAACUGUCCAUUUCAUGAAGAACUUACCUGCUUUUAACCAGAUGCCACCAAACGACCAGUUCUCACUUCUCAAGAGCUGCUGGGCACCGCUCUUUAUUUUGGGUCUGGCCCAGGAGCAUGUGGACUUUGAGGUGACGGACACACCGGCUGACAGCAUGCUGAAAAAUAUUCUCCUCAAUCGCCACGAUCGAUAUGAGAUGGAGAGGGAGCAGCCCACCGUGGCCGGUGUCAGCAAACUCCAGUCCUGCCUCAAAACGUUUUGGAGCUUGGAUUUGAGUCCAAAGGAGUAUGCGUACCUCAAAGGGAUCACAAUAUUUAAUCCAGAUGUCCCAGAUUUAAAGGCAGCUCUGUUUGUUGAAGGCCUGCAACAGGAGGCUCAGCAUGCCCUCAGCGAGGUGGUCCAGCUCCUUCACCCAGGGGACCGGGAGCGCUUUGCUCGAAUCCUCCUCACAGCCUCCAUGCUGCAGAGCAUCACAUCGAGCCUCAUUACUGAACUCUUCUUCCGGCCCGUGACCGGCCCGGCGGAUCUGCUGGAGCUGUUGGUCGACAUGCUCUUCUGCAGAUAG